AUGUCGGUGCAGGACGACGCAGUGAAAAGGAACAAAAACACAAAAAGGUCCUUGAACGUCAGUUUGGUGGUAACCCUCCUCCUCCUGAAUGUCCUCUCCUACAAACUGGGCACUGGCGGUGUUCACGCUGAGCCCAGCAGCUCUGCAGACGGCUGUACAGAAGCUACCCUGCAGCAGAUGAAGGUCACACGCCGAGUCCACAGCCGGGCUGAGAAAGGUCACGUCAUCCUCACGCUCGCCACCUCCACCGCCAAGGCCGCCCAGCCGACAGGAAGUGAUCGGCUGUCACAAGACGCCCCAGAGACGCAAACACACGUCAGACUGCCCUCUGAGAUGAAGCUGAAUGUGUUGCUGUGGCUCGCGGCUCUGCUCGGCGCCGUCCUCCCUCGCUCCGCUGACUCCCGGCCGGCCGCCGCUCCUGCCGACCGCUGCCUCCUUCCCCGACUGCUGCUCCUCCACCUGGGGCAAGAGCUCUCUCUCCGGAUGGGUGGAGGAAGUGCUGCUCCCGUGCUCCUCUCCUCCUCUUCCUCAGCGGUGAAAUGGGCUCUGCUGCAGCUCACACGGCGCCUCCUGCAGGCCCGGGCGGAGCAGCAGCAGGACGAGGAGGAGGAAGCCGGGGAGAAGGGGAAGAGGUCAGACGAGCCUCCCAUCUCUCUGGACCUGACCUUCCACCUGCUCAGGGAGGUUCUGGAGAUGGCCCGGGCGGAGCAGAUCGCGCAGCAGGCCGACAGCAACCGCAUGAUCAUGGACACCUUUGGAAAAUGAAGAAGAAGACUGCACUUCCUGUAUGACUGUUCGCCCUGAAAUGUCGGCGUGCGACACUUCAGCUGCUUUGGCUGUUUACUGACAGCUGAUGUUUUAACUUCGUGAAUAAAAUCUUUGUUGUUUGAAAAGCUUGUUUUUGAAAAUCGACAUUUUAUCUGUUCAA